UACUUCCGGCGCCGCCCGCACGCGCCUUCCUUUCCCGCCCGCCCGCCGCCAAGAUGGCGGCGCCCGUGUCGUUGCAGGUGGAGUUCGGAGGUGGUGCAGAACUCUUGUUCGAUGGUGUCAAAAAGCAUCAGGUGACUUUGCCCUGUCAACCAGAACCUUGGGAUAUCAGAAACCUGCUAAAGUGGAUCAGACAGAAUCUGCUGAAAGAACGACCAGAAUUAUUUAUGCAAGGGGAAUCUGUGAGGCCAGGAAUUUUGGUGCUGAUCAACGACGCAGACUGGGAACUAAUGGGUGAGCUGGAUUAUAAACUCCAGGACCAGGACAAUGUGCUUUUCAUCUCAACAUUGCAUGGUGGGUGAACUCCUGGAAAAACAAGAGGAUGUAAAUCCACGUCCCUGGGCAAAAAAAAACCAAACAAAAACCUAAACCCACCCAAACCUCUCUUGAACUGCCUGUGCCAGUUUCUGCAUCUUCCCACCACGUUCACUUGUUACUAGACAUGCAAAUAAAGCCCUGUCAGCACGCGGCCUGCUGUCCACCACAA